UUUCGUGUUUUUGUGCUCCUCCGCCGGUGAGCUCUGGCUCUGCACAUUCUGGUCUGGUUUUUGGCAGCGCCAGGGGAUCGUUCGUUCUUCCGAUAGCCAAACCCCUCAUCGAUUUGAUCUCGAACGCUCAAUCGUCGUCCUCACAAGCCGCACAGUAAGAGAGAGAGAGAUGAAGACGACGAAGGGAGGGAAGGUGAUGAACCCUACGGACGCGUACCGGAAGGAGCUUCGCAAGAAGGAAUUGAAACGGAACAAGAAGGAGAGGAAGAAGGUGAGGGAGGUGGGGAUUCUGAAGAAGGACCCUGAUACCUUGAAGGAGCAGAUUGAGAAGCUGGAGAUGAUGAAAGCUGAUGGUGCUUUGGAUAAAGCUAGAAAGCACAGGAAGAGACAACUGGAAGACACACUUAAUCUUGUUCUAAAGAAGAGAAAGGAAUAUGAAGAGAAGAUGCGUGAAAAGGGUGAAACCCCUGUCAUGUUUAGCCAUCUGGGACCCCCCCGAAGAAGGGCAAGUGCAGAUGAAGAGAGAGUCAAGCACCCCAAGCCUGAGGAUUCUGUAUACUAUCAUCCUACUCUCAAUCCUACAGGAGCCCCGCCACCUGGGAAGCCCCCAAUGUUUAAAUCAUCAAUAGGACCGAGAAUUCCAUUAUCUACGGCUUCUGCAAGCACUUCUGCGGGUGCAUCGUCAUCUAAUUCAGGCGCAGAGGAUGAUCCUUCUGCAGUUCCUCCUCCUCCUCCUCCACCUCCCCCUCCUCUGCCAUUGGCCUCUGGUGAUGCCCCUGCCUUAGACGCAUCUCUGCCUCUACCUCCUCCGCCUCCACUGCCACCAAGGCCUGCUGCCACCAAUGGCAGUGCUCCUUUGCCUCCACCACCUCCAGGUCCCCCUCCUCCUCCUGGUGCACCACCUAAAGAACCAGUUGCACCUGGCCCUUUACCUCCACCGCCUCCACCUCUGCAACAAUCUGCUCAGCCACCUCCUCCUGGGGUAAAUGAUAGAAUCUUAUCUACAUUGUCAGCAGAUCACCAGGGACCUGAGGAUACUCAGGUAUCUGCCAUGCUUCCAUUACCACCACCUCCUCCAGGAUUGCCACCGAAGUCUGCAGGUAAUCCAUCUGAGGGCUCAACUGAAAAUGAAGUCAGUAAUACUUCCGACAACAAGGAUGUCACUAACUUGGUCCCACCACCACCACCUCCUCCAAGGCAACAACAGCCAGUGCCUAGACCUGGUAUGAUGCCAACCAUGCAGCCUGAUGUGUUACCACCUGGCAUGUCACGUUUCCGGCCGCCGCCACCUCCACCAGAUAUGCGGCCACCAUUAUCUGCUGCCGGGCUUCCCAACCAGGGAGUCCCACCAGGAAUGAUGGUUCCCUUGCUUCCAAGGCCACCAUAUGGCCCUCCACCUGGAGCCCCUCUGAUGAUGAGGCCCCCGCUUCCGCCCGGUCCACCACCCACUCUGCUAGAAGAUGAUCUCUCUGCUGUUAGGCCACCUGUACCCCCGAAGCCAUCAUAUGUGAAGUCAGCAGCCCCAACUGUUGUUAAAAGGCCACUUGCUCAGCACACGCCGGAACUUACGGCCAUGGUUCCUGCAUCUGUUCGGGUGAGGCGAGAGUCUGUGGUUCCAAAGUCAAAACCAAAGCCAGCAGUCCCAACGACAGUAGUGGCCCCGCGACCCAUGACUCCUACAGUUGUGAAGCCAGAGGUUGUUAGUUCAUCUUCUUCUGCUCCAAAGGGCAUCGAUGACUCGUACACGGCUUUCUUGGAGGACAUGAAAGCACUUGGUGCGCUAGACAGUUGAAAAAUGCGAUAGCAGCUUUUGUUUUCCAAGAUCCAAGGCACGGGGAGAACUUUUAAAACUGGCAAUUUAUGGGGUAUGUGGCUUCGCGCAAGUACUUGUUAACUUCUGUACAGCAGUCUUGAAUGCUAUCGAAGUAGCGCUACUUGCAUCGGUGGGUCCUUCUUUACUGCCAAACUUAUUUUGGGUCGCCAGAUGAUCGCUCUUGCUUUGUCGUAGGGAGAAGUGGAGACAUGCAGUUCAGAUUCUGUUCCCAUUAGAAUUAUCUACUCAUUUUGUUCAUUCGAACUGAAGGCAACUGGUCUUUCCAUUGUCUGUUCAGUAUUGAUCAGCUACUAAUUAAAUUGCUGUGGUAAUUUGAGAGAGUGUAAAGUUUUAUGGUUUCCAUUCUCAUUUUUCUAUUUUCUAGCAAAAAAGAAACAGGAAAAAGAUGAAGUAGUUCAUUUGUUUCAUUUGGAAU